UGUAUUUAUUAUUUCAUUGCCUGUUCUUAUUGUUCUUAUCUUCAACGUUAUGCUGCUCGGCUGUUUGUUAAUUGCCCCUCGGGGAAAAAUAAAGUCUUCUGAUUCUGAUCAUGUUACGAUGAUGAUGAUGAUGAUGAUGAUGGUACUGGUGCCGGUCUGUGUGUUUCUCCCGCCUCUAAAAGCAAACUUGUCCCCGGCAGAGACGAAGAGCUCCGGGCGGAAGGCCCGCUGCAUUUGAACGGAGUCACGUGACUGUCGCACCGGUUGAAACCGACAGAAAGCCGCAGGAGGCUCGAGCUGCAGAUCUGCGCGGACGAACGGAUUAAACAUCCAGCACAGAGUCCGACUCCCCGGCUGCACACCCCCCGGUAUGUCCGCUGUUGUCUGCGUGCUGAAGACCCGCUGCUUCCUCCGGCAGCUCCUCCCCGGCCUGCCCGCCGCCAUGCACAGAAGCUACAGCCUGGAUGUCUCCGCUCCGCUCCUCCGGACGCAGGGCUACGUGGACGGCCGCUGGAUCUCCGCUGCCUCGGUGUUCCCCGUCCUGGACCCGGCCACCGGACAGGAGAUAGUCCGGGUAUCGGACUGCGGCCCCGCGGAGGCCAAGCAGGCGGUGGACGCUGCGUACAAAGCGUUUCACUCCUGGAAGCAGUACACAGCCAAGGAGAGGAGCGUCCUGCUGAGGAAAUGGUUCGAGCUGCUGCUGCUGCACAAAGACGAGCUCGCCCAGCUGAUCACGUUUGAAUGUGGUAAACCGAUGCGUGAGUCUCUCGAGAUCUCGUACUCCGCCUCCUUCCUCGAGUGGUUUUCUGAGGAGGCGCGGCGAGUUUACGGUGACAUCGUGCCGUCUCCAGCCAAAGACAGAAAGCUCCUCCUCCUGAAGCAGCCGGUGGGCGUGGCCUCCAUCAUCACACCGUGGAACUUCCCCAGCGCCAUGAUCACCAGGAAGGUCGGCGCCGCGCUGGCCGCCGGCUGCACGGUGGUGGUUAAACCAGCUGAGGACACGCCGCUAUCGGCUCUCGCACUGCAGAG